ACGUAAUGACGUCGAAAUUCCGCGACCCAGGCUGUAGUUCAGUGAGCGCUAAUAACAGAGGGGUGUGUGGAUUACAUUACGACUGGGACAUGACUCCUAAAGUUUAUUCACGUUAGUUAGUCGACUGUAUUUUGUUUUUGUUUAAAGUUUAUUUUCGUGACCGACGAGCUUUAACGAGCUUUAAGAGAGCGCGCGCACGCAGAAGAUGAAGGAUGAGUGCACGUGACGGCGGAAGCAGCAGCAGCAGUGAGGAUGAAAGCACGCACAGGAUUAAAGAGGCGGUGUGGAGUUUUGGAGCUGAAACACACAAGAUGCAUGAAGAUGGAGGGAAACACACACACAGUAAGAGACUGAAAGUGUCUGAGCACGAACACGACGGCAACGAGCUGAAAACCACACCAGAGUUCCGCUCUCACGUCGCCAAGAAGCUCGGAGCCAUGCUGGACAGUGUGAUCUGUGAGGUUUCCAGAGAGACCCCUGACUGUAAACCUGCGCUGUGUGACAACACACAGGAUGACGCUGAUGAUGGUUUCCGCCUUUUCUCCACAUCACUUCCUGGUAACUGGAGGGAGGAGCCAAAGCAAGCCCCGCCUCCUAAACGCAGACCUGCACCCAGCUCCAGUGACAGUGACAGUGAGAUGGAGUCGAGGCUGAGGGAAGCGGCCGUGUCCGUAUCAGAUCUGCUUCUUUCCUCCUGCACAGAGAGACGACUGGAGGACGAGAGGACGGAUGCCGGAGCGAGGGAUGAGGAGAGCGCCGAACCGAAGAAGAAGAAGAAGAAGAAGAAGAAGAAGAAAAAGAAAAGGAAAGCUGUGACAGAGAGAGAGGAAGACGAGUCGUUAGCGCAGGGAGACAGACGUGUCGGUCAGGAACAGAGCAGAGAGAACAACACGCUGAAGAAGAAGAAGAAAAUGAAUGAGGGAGUGAAAGAGAGCGAAUGAAAGAGAGACUGGUUAUUUACUUGUUUCAGGUUGUGUUUAAUAUCAGGAGCGGUUCUUUAUUCAGUUCACUGCAGUUUCUUCUUGUUUUGUUUUUUGAAAUAAAUCAUUUUUUUUUAUAAAAGAGAAAACUGCACUGA